AUGCUGCCUUACCUGUUCCCUGACCUGUCCACCUUUGCUACAGUCGCCGAUCUUAUCACCCACCUUCGCACUAGUGAUGCUCGCCUGCGUGCCGCCCUUCCCACCGAGUUCUGCGCUAAGAACCCCCCUCCCCUGUACUGGGCACUCCACUUCAUAGUCACCCGUCUCCCUGACACCCUCAGCUCAGUGCGCGACUAUUUCCUUGCUCGCUGUCCCACUGAGCUCACUGUCGCCCUCCUAGAGGAGAAGCUGCUAGCAGCCGAGAAGAGCAUUGUAGCUGUAGGUGCUGCUCGCGGCGCUCCUCGCACCCCCAUCUUUGAGGGGUGCUCUCCCUCUCCCCUCGCUCCCUCCUAUGCUACUGCUGCUGCUGUUGACUUCCUUGGUGCUGAGUCUGCUGGCGCUGCUUCUGCUCCUGGUGGGAGGCGCCGCACCGGCAAGGGCAAGGGGGGCAAGGGUGGCGGGGGUGGCGCUGGGGGGGGAGGGGGUGGGGGAGGUGGGGGGGGAGGGGGUGGGGGAGGUGGGGGGGGAGGCGGUGCUGGAGGGAGCGGUGGCGGCGGCAGGAGCAGUGGCGGUGGGUGGCAGCGGCGGAAGUGCGGCGGUGGCGGGGGUGGUGUGGCGGUGGUGGUGGUGGUGGCGGUGGUGGCGGUCGGAGCGGAGGUAGUGGCGGCGGUGGAGGUCGGAGUGGAGGCACCGGCUCGGGCCAGAGCUCCCAGCAGCAGCAGCGUCCCCAGACGACCCAGCAGCUUCGUGAGUGGCUUGCUCAGCGUGGGACGUCGGGGGGCAGUGGCCGCUGUUCCUAUGUCAUUCGCACAGGUGAUCGCAAGGGGCAGACGUGUGGAAAGUUCCACACUCAGUACCGCUGCUUCUUCCGCCUUGACGACGCUUGGCGUGAGGAGAUGGGCGAGGAUGUUGAGCGCCCUCGCUGGGCUGAGCUGA